GGGCCUCCCCCCGCCCCCUGCCUAGGGUACUUGGUCCAGAACGCGGGAGAAGCGGAGUCGGAGACCUGGUGGAGGGAGGGCCCGCCGUGGCCGCCUGGAGGACGGACGGACGGGAGGAGAGCGCUCCCGCUCCCGUUCACCCUCCGGGCGGCCGCGGCGGGUACAGCAGCGUGUAAGGGGCAGCUCCGGGGCAAGUUAUUUCCAGCCCAAGCCUGUUGUUACCAGCAUGGGGGAGCAUCCUGAGGCUCCCCAUGAAGAACCUGAAGAAGUAAAAAGAGAAAAGAACCCAGAAAACAACCAUUGGCAUUCCCGAAGCUACACCCUUGGGGCCAUUUCCAGCUUCCUGUCUACAUUUGUGACCUUUCCCAUCUACAAGGUUGUGUUCCGCCAGCAGAUCCAUGCCGUGUCUGUACCAGAGGCUGUCAAUCAACUGCACCAGGAGGGCCUUCGCCGCUUCUACCGGGGAAUCUACCCUCCCCUUCUGGCCAAGACCCUGCAGGGGACCCUGCUCUUCGGCACCCAUGACAACCUGCUCCAAGCUCUCACUCCUACUGGACCCUCCAGACUAUGGCAGCGCUGGGUGGCUGGGUUCCUGUCAGGUGCAGUGGAAGCUGUGGUGUUGACCCCCUUUGAACGGGUACAAAACGUGCUUCAAGAUGGACGGAAGGAUGCCCGCUUCCCCAGUACCUCCAGCAUUCUGCGGGAAUUCAACUCAUACAGCUUAUGGGAACGGCUAGCCAUGGGCUACUAUCGAGGCUUCUUUCUGGUCCUCCUGAGGAAUAGUCUGGGAAGUGCGCUCUACUUCUCUUUCAAAGAUCCCAUUCGAGACGGCCUGACGAAACAAGGUUUGCCCUGCUGGGUCCCAGCUCUAGUGUCUGGCAGUGUCAAUGGGACCCUCACAUGUCUACUGCUUUACCCACUCAGCGUCCUUGUCGCCAACGUGCAGUCACAGAUAGGUUGGCAGGAAGCACCAGGCCUGCGGGCUUCUGCUCAGGCUGUUUGGGAGGAUCGAGGACGAAAGCUGCUUCUGAUCUACCGAGGUGGCGCUUUGGUCAUCUUACGUUCCUGUGUGACCUGGGGACUUACCACUGCAAUCCAUGAUUUCUUGCAGGAAAACAACUGCCCCAGGGUGGAGGAGAGUGACUGAGUAGCCUCAGAGGCAUCCCAGAGGGUUUGAGGACUGUGUUCUUACAGCCUGGGUCAACAAUAGGCCAACAGCUCACCUCUGGGUCUGUUUGCUUCUUCUGGUCCUAGAGAACCAAGAGCAAUUAUUCUGUUAGGAGAUGAGAGAAAUUCCCAGCAAUUAGAUUAUCCACUUAUUUUAUCAUAUGGUAUUAGCUUCAAUAGGUCACUGCAGUCAUCACUGUGGGUGCUCUCCCCUGGACUUUGUAGAUGGUCUUUCAGAUUUACUCUGGCCAAAACAAUCAAUCACACUGCUGCCAACUGGUAAUGGGCCCCUCCCAACUUAGCUAGACUGGUCCUUGAACAACAUAUUGCAAGUCUAUCAGCAGGCCCCUACUCGGAGCCUCUAGAGCUUGGUAGGACCUUGGAAGAACCUUCAAGAAUCCAGGCCCAUUACCACGAGAGGAGGAUGCCAGGGAAGAAUGGAAUUGACAUCCAUGUUAUCUUUCUGCUAUCAACAGCAUCCCUUGGGUCAUAGAAGCAUUUCACCCCAUUCCAUCUGACUGCUUCAGUUUCUUUAUCCUGACCCUGCUCUCAGCUUCCACUCAGCUUUCAGGGGCUGCCAGAAAGAAGGUUGUGUCCUGAGGUCUCAAGGAUUUUCAUGGAAGCGAAUGGGAAGAAUAAAAGAAUGUCAACUUCCUCUCCACUUGUUGCAAGUCCAGCUGAGGGGCUAGAGGAACAAGACCCACAGUUUCCAAAGACCACCCUUGACAAUAUAAGGAUCACCAUGGUAACUCUAGGAAAUGAACAGAUCAGCUUAACUCAACCCGAAGAAGCUUACAUGGGGGGAGGGGGGAGGGGAUGGGAAGCAUGGGGAGUGAGGGUGGGGGGGUAGAGUAGAGAGCCAACAGGUGUUUGUCAUAGUGAUCACUUCUCGGAGUGGCCUCUGGCUGAUUGAGAUCUAGGAAGUGCUGCCACUUGCGGGUCCUAGUGCCCAUGCUGGGGUAGAGGCUGGGCACUGAAGGCAGCCCAGAGCCCUUCCAGGCUGGGCUUACCUGAAUUGAUUGGACCCCAAAGGGACAACCAGGGCUGAAAAGAAGGGUUCACCAGAGGCAACAGAGUAAGGUUUGGGGGCUUAGAGGGUAAAUGAGUAAAUAGUCGGGGGAAAAUUUUUAAAACUUUUUGUAAAUUUUGUCAAUAUAAAAGGACAUGCAAAUAAGACAAAAUAAUCUUAUUUGCCAAAAACUGUUGGUCUGGAGUCACAAUACCUGGGUCCUAAUUCCCAGUGUUCUGCUGCUUUUUUACCUGUGGAGCAAAUCAUUUCCCAGUUCUGGAGUAGACGAACUCUGAUGUUCCAGCUCUAAAUCAGAAAUCCAGGAAUGUCAGACACCAUUUUAGAAAAUGUCGUGUUGCCUUUCUUUCUCUCGUCAGUCAGUUCCUCCGCCUUUCCAUGCACCCUUCUUUGUAAGAAAAAUAUUUAAACCACUGCUAGAGACCCAGCAGCCCACCACGAACACCGAAACACCACAUUCAACAUCUGCAGUCUCUCAUCUCACAGGCAGUUUUAAUAGGAGGACUCUGGCAUUGCUGUGUUCCCUGUUAAAGCACUGAAGACUCAACAAGAUCUCUAGAAAUAAGAUACCCGUGUACGUCCAUCUGUGGAGCACUGCAUGGAUUGCACAUUCGGCCCAAAGACAUUGUUUUGUUGGGGACUCUGCAUCUGAGGUCCGGUGGACUUUGACUAGAUCUGAUUUGGUGAUUUCGAUUCAAUUCAAUUAAUUCAAUGAGUAUUUGUUAAGCCCCGUGCUCAGCAUACCCCCAGAUCAUGGAACUGGAUAGAAGACCUCCUGAAUCCGUGCCCUGAAGGAGUUAGCAAUCAGAGGCCAGAUCAUACCACUUAUACUCCUUCCUGUAAUGAAGAGGGGUUGGGGUGGGGUGGGGGAGGGAGUGGAGCAGAGUAGGUGACAGAUUGGGGAGAGUGAGGGCAAGAAGGAGCUCACUCCCACUCUAGCUCCCAUUCUAUCAAAAGGGAGGAAGGAGCAGGGUGGGGGCCAUGGUUUCCAGUCAUGACCUCCCUCAAUGCCAACAAGAGUGGUCCUUUAUGUUCCAUGUGGCAAUAUAUUCUGUUUUCCCUGGAACAGGGGGCAUCAUGACUGCUGGCCAGAAACAGGAUCAGGGGUAAGCAGGUGCAGAACUGGACCCUCCCACUAGCGGCUCCAGAAAGGGAAAGGGCAGGCUUAGAAUCAGGGUGGUCUUGGAAACACUAAGAGGGCCCCCUCCCUGCUCAGCUUCGGGUCCUGAGUCAUGAGAUGGCUGAUCUAGAAAGCCUAGGAGGUGGGGGUGGGGAUGGGGGAGGGGGUGCAGCACUGAACGUCAGCAAACUGGCUGAAAGAACCUGGGACUGGGUGGAGGGGAGAGACUUGGUUCUAGUCCCUGCUCUGAUAGGCACCCUCUGGAAAAUGAGGGAUUUGCCAAGGUCCUCUCUGAGGCCCCUUCCAGCUCUAACAAUCUAUGUCGAGUUAGUGAAAAUUGGGCUCAUUUUCAGUAUGAGUGAAAUAAGUUUUUCCCUGUAACCUGAGUAAGUCACUUCCCCCUCAGUUUUCUCCUAUUUAAAAGUGAAUGAGUUAGACUAGAACAGGUGGUUCUUAAGCUACUGUCCAUGACUUUGGUUUUUGGUUUGUUUUUAAAUAUUUUGACAACUGUACUUUGGUAUCAUUGGUUUCCUUUGUAAUCACAUGUUUUAAUUUAUGCAUUUACCAAUCUUAUUCUGUGACAGGAUCCACCAUAGGCUUCGCCAGACUGCUAAAGGGAGAGGGGUACCCAGGGAAUAAUUCUUCAGGACUCUUAUAGAUCUGGCUUUACGGAUGAAUGAUUUGGAGACUUCUCCAAAAGCCCUUUGACCUAAAGCAUCGGCCUUUUUGUUGGGUUGCCUUUUCAUAUUUCCACCCCACCUGCACCCCCCAUUAAAAUCAGGCUUUUAUGCACACAUACACACACACACACACUAAUCAUCAUCUAAGGGUCUAUCACCUGUAGAGAAACACUCCCUACCACCACGACCACCACCACCACCACCAUCAUUAAAGAAGGUUCACUACCAAAUUCCUAGCAUCCAAUCCUUAGUCAAAAGCUUAGCAUCAUCAAUGGAGGUGGUUUUAUCAGUGGAAAUGACACUCAAGAAGAUGGCUUACUACCUGCUUUGCCAUUGCACCCUAAGGAGCACUGGGCCUUUCCAUCUGCCCUGCUGCUCACAUCCCCUCCAUAUGUCAUCUCUUUUAAUUAGAAUUUCAGCCACACAAGAAGCAAGGACUGUCCUGCUUUUCUAUAUCUCCAAAGCACAGUGCUUGGAACAUAGUAAGUGCUUAAUAGAAAUUUUUCAUCCAUUCAUUCAUUUACUCAUUCAUUCAGUCAGUCCAUCAUUCCAGGAAUUGCUAAGCUCCCUUCAAGCUCUGACAGUCUAGGAGUCUACUGCUUUGCUUUCAAAUCCCCAGUGCAUAGCACAGUGCCUGGUACCUAGUUGGUCCUCAGACUAAAUACUUACUGAUUGUAGUCACAGCCUUCCCAGGAGUAAAUAGUUGGCUUUCGAUUUCAUUUCUUCGCAGUAGGCACUGGGUGGCGCUGUUGUCAAAAGGUUUUCCCCUUACAUCCCUUGAGUUUUGAUGAUUGUGUCAAGAUGCCUUUUUGGCAGGUGCUAUACCCUUCUUCAUGGAAGAAGAAACACCUCACUCCUUAGUCCCAUUCCACAGUCUCUCAUGUCGUGGUGGUCAGGCUUUUGUUUUUCUUUAAAUUUUAUUUUCUCCCCAGUCCCCUGAAAAGACAAAGAAAGCCCUCGUAACAAAUAUUCAGUCAAGCAAAACAGAUUCCUCUAUUGUCCAUAUCCCAAAAUGUGUGCCUCAUUCUGCACUUUGAGCCCAUCACUGCUCUGUCAGGAAGUGGGUGGCCUGCUUCGUCGUAGGUCCUCUAGAAUCAUGGUAGAUCAGUCACUGAGUCUUUUAAAACUGUUCAUUUUUACAAUCUUGUUGAUAUAGUUUAAAUUGUUCUCCUUGUCCACUCACUUCACUGUGCAUUAGUUCAUACAAGUGUUCCCAGGUCUCUCUGAAACCAUCCCUUUCAUCGUUUCUUAUGGUACAAUAGUAUUCCAUUACAUUUCUAUACCAUAAUUUGUUCAGCCAUUCCCCAGUGGAAGGGCACAGCCCCGCCCCUUAGCUUUCAGUUUGUGGCCACUACAAAAACAAGCCACUGUAAGUGUAUUUGUACAUACAGGAUAUUUUCCUCUCUGGAGUUCAGUUGCUGAGGAAUGCCAAAUUGGUAAGCCAGCAGAUGGUAUAGAGCAGACUUUUUUGUCUCAGACCCCUUUGGCCAUAUGGUGAAGGUUUUUAAAUGCAUACCAAAAAAGUAUGGUACUACAAAGGAAACCAAUUACAUUGAAAUACAGCUAUCAAAAUAUUUUUUUAAGUUCAUGGACACCAGAUUAAGAACCUAUGGUAGAGAGAGACAUAUUGUCAUUGAAAUCCCAAGUGUGUAGGUGUGUAUGAUAUGUGCAUGGGAAGCCCCCCCUCCUGCAUCAUAGCUGCCAGGCUCCCUACUGUACUACCUAGUUUGAAGCAAGAUUUUGCCCAGCAGAGAGAGGUCCCUGUGAGAUCACCUCCAUACAGUGAAGCAGGGACAGUACAGAGAGGAGAUCAUUUGGGGGUGCAGAAACAGUGGGCCACCUGGAGGCUUGUAAUUCACUAAUUAUAGUUAUUCUUGAUAAUAACAGGUGGGUAGAGUGGACAGAAUUUUGGGCUUAAAGCCUGGGAGAUCUGGGUUCAAGUUCUGCUUCUAACACUUGCCAACUCUAUGAGCACUGGCAGAUCAUUUAACUUUCCAGUGCUCCCAAGAGUCUCUUAGGCUGUUAAUUACAGAUAGCUGUGUUCCACAGCAGAGGUUGCCUACAGGGAUGAAAUCACAGAUCCUAUUUUUAAAAAAAAGUCUUGAGAACUUAGUAUGUCCUCUUAGUUGUUGCUAUGCAGUCAUGCUCUCUAAAUUUUGACACAGGCGCAAAGUACUCAUGUCUUAGCCAUAAACACCAGUCUAGGUUUGCAUUGAAAGAGAGAUGGCUUCUAGGAGUAGGAAGGCAAUAGUCCUCUGCCUCAGCAGACUGCAUCUUGAGCAGUUUAGUUCGGCUCUGGGAAAGGCAGUUUAGGAAAGACAAUGAGCAGCUGGAUAGUGUCCAGAUUGGAGGGCCACCAGGAUAGUGAAGGGGAUGGGUUGAAGGAACUGGAGAUUUUAGCUGAGGGAAGACUGGGUGGUACAUGAGAGUUGGGUAUAUUUGAAGGGCUGUCAGGUGGCAGGUGGAGGGGUCUGGGACUGACUGGUUUGGUCCCACGAGGCAGAACCAGGAGCAGUGAAGGGGGGAAGCUGCGGAGAGGCAAAGUUAGGUUGAAUGUCCAGGGAAACCCCCCCCCCAGUUUGAGGCGCCCCAAGUGCACUGGUUUGUCCCUGAGUAAGUGGGCUCUUCCUCACUGGAGGUCUCCAAGCUGGCUGGCUGUAUUACGGUGGGGGUUCCCUGAGGCUGUGGGUUGGGGUAGGACCCUGUGGUUGUGCAUGGAUGACUGGAAGGUGCCUGGGGAAUAGGAAAGGAACUUGCUAAGUGGAGGCCAUGGGCCCUGGAAUGGCUUUGGAGUUUAGGACAUGGGUUUGAAUUGAACUAUAGACAGUACUUGAGCUUUGGGGGCAGGUGACCUGGUCUCUGGGGACCUCAGCUGCUGCUUCUAUGUAAGGAGGAGGUUGGACUAUAUAGGAGUGGUCUCUGAGGUCCCUUCCAGCUCAGAAUCUCGAAUCCUAUGUCCUAUAUGAGGGGCUGUCAGAGGGGGACUGGACCAAGGUGGGUGAGGAGGAGAGGGGAAGGUGUGGAACUGGUCUUAAACCAUCCGGAAUCAAAAAUCCCUUAGCACAAAUGGGGCUCCUGGAUGUUGAGAGAAAUGGGGGGGGGGGCUGGGCUGGGGUGGAUGGGGCGGGGUAGGAGGGGUAGCAGACAGUGUCUGUCCUGGGCUGUGGUUCGUGGCGUUCCUCCGAGGAACCCAAGGGGGAGACGAGGCUCGCCAUCUCAGCUAAUGGGAGGGCGGGAGUGUGCCGGGUUGGGGGCGGGGGGGCGGGCCAGGCUGCACUAUAAAUCUAGUGCUGGCUGCAGCUCCGGCUCCAGCUCUCCUGAUCCUGCGACCCAGAGGCUUCGACAACCGCAGCAACAGAAGCAGCAGCAGCAGUAACAGUAACAGCAGGCACGCCAGGCACCCAGCGUAACAGCCAAAAUGUGUGACAAACCAGACCUCUCUGAAGUGGAAAAAUUUGACAAGAAAAAGCUGAAAAAGACCAGCACAGAAGAGAAGAAUACUCUUCCUUCCAAGGAAACCAUCGAACAGGAGAAGGAAAGCGUUAAGUCUUCCUAGGGAUGGGGCGUCCCUUCCCAGCAACAGAAUCGAGUGCUUCCAGAGUUUAUUGUUUCGCCUUUAAUAGUCUUUGUUUGCUUAGAUGUUUAGUCUUUUAGGCUGCUUUCAUCUCUUUACCCAGUGUUUCCUAACCAUCCCCCAUCCUGUGCUUAUCUGAAGAGGGAGAUGAUUCAUGAAGGGGAAGUAAGAAAGAUGUUAACAAUAGUAAACGUGUUAACAAAGAAAGCUUGUGAAUGUGCAGACCAUUUAGCAUAUAUUAGGCUUAUGCCUCAUUUCACUCCCCUCCUUUCCCCUCCCUGCCCCACUCCAUUUUCUGUGCAUUGCUUAUAGGGUAAUUAGUGUGUUUUCCUUGCCUUUACGAUUAUUAAAUUUUCUUCUAUACUUAAUAUAAUAUCUAAUAAGAAAUAAAUGUUAUGGAUUGUGGUGGAAA